CGUCCAAAUCAUCCAUACAAAGUAUUGAUCGCGAAAGCUAUCUUGAGUAAUUGCGAUAGGAAAUUAGUUUUAGCUGAUAUUAUAGACUACAUCGCUAAAAAUUAUCCUUAUUAUAAAGUGGAAGAUAGCAGUUGGAAAAAUAGCAUUCGCCAUAGUUUAUCACUCAACGAUUGCUUUAUUAAAGUUGGUCGCAGUAAUCGAGGCAAAAGCAAUUACUGGUCUAUUCACCCAUUGGUCUUUAAAGAUUUUGAGGAAGGCAAUUUCCAUAAACGACAUCCGAAACAGAGACUA